AUGCCGUUUGGGUGUGUGACACUGGGUGACAAGAAAAACUAUAACCAGCCAUCGGAGGUGACUGACAGAUAUGAUUUGGGACAGGUCAUCAAGACCGAGGAGUUCUGUGAGAUCUUCCGAGCCAAGGACAAGACCACGGGCAAGCUGCACACUUGCAAGAAGUUCCAGAAGCGGGAUGGCCGCAAGGUGCGGAAGGCGGCCAAGAAUGAGAUUGGUAUCCUCAAGAUGGUGAAACAUCCCAACAUCCUACAACUCGUAGAUGUGUUUGUGACUCGCAAGGAAUACUUCAUCUUCCUGGAGCUGGCCACGGGGAGGGAGGUGUUUGACUGGAUCCUGGACCAGGGCUACUACUCGGAGCGAGACACGAGCAACGUGGUGCGGCAGGUCCUAGAGGCUGUGGCCUACUUGCACUCACUGAAGAUUGUGCAUAGGAACCUCAAGCUGGAAAACCUAGUUUACUACAACCGGUUGAAGAACUCCAAGAUUGUCAUCAGUGACUUUCAUCUGGCUAAGCUAGAGAAUGGCCUCAUCAAGGAGCCCUGCGGGACCCCGGAGUACCUGGCCCCGGAGGUGGUAGGCCGGCAGCGGUACGGACGCCCUGUAGACUGCUGGGCCAUUGGUGUCAUCAUGUACAUCUUGCUUUCAGGCAACCCACCUUUCUAUGAGGAGGUAGAGGAAGAUGACUAUGAGAACCAUGAUAAGAAUCUCUUCCGCAAGAUCCUGGCUGGUGACUAUGAGUUUGACUCUCCGUACUGGGAUGAUAUUUCUCAGGCAGCCAAAGAUCUGGUUACCAGACUGAUGGAGGUAGAGCAAGAUCAGCGGAUCACUGCAGAAGAGGCCAUCUCCCAUGAAUGGAUUUCUGGCAAUGCUGCUUCUGAUAAGAACAUCAAAGAUGGUGUUUGUGCUCAGAUUGAAAAGAACUUUGCCAGGGCCAAGUGGAAGAAAGCUGUUCGAGUGACCACCCUCAUGAAACGGCUCCGGGCACCAGAGCAGUCUGGCACAGCUGCAGCUCAGUCUGCCUCGGCCACAGACACUGCCACACCUGGGGCUGCGGCGACAAGUGGAGCUGCCCCAACCUCUGGGGGCAGUGCUACUGCAGCCCCGGAGGGUGCUGCUGUGAGUGCUGCCAAGAGCGAUAACGCAGCCGGCACAGAUCGUAGUGCCACCCCGGCCACGGAUGGCAGUGCCACCCCGGCCACGGAUGGCAGUGCCACCCCGGCCACGGAUGGCAGUGCUACCCCGGCCACGGAUGGGAGCAUCACCCCUGCCACGGAUGGAAGUGUCACCCCAGCCACUGACAGGAGCGCGACCCCAGCUACUGAUGGGAGAGCCACACCAGCCACAGAAGAGAGCACAGUGCCCACCACUCAAAGCAGUGCCACGUCAGCUGCUGUGGCAGCUGUCACCCCUGAGCCGGCUAUGACCCAGCCGGACAGCACAGCCCAAGGGGGCACCACAGGCCAGGCUCCACCCUCUAGUAAAGGGGAUGAGGCUUCUGGCUGUGCCCAGGAGUCUCAGAGGGAGGCCAGCUGA